CAAAAGGUUGACCUCUGACCUCACCAUGAGGGUCUGCAGGAGCUGUGGGGGGGGGGACAUUGACGUGGACCAGGCCCGAGGCAGCGCUGUCUGUACCAGCUGCGGGUCUGUCCUCGAGGACAACAUCAUCGUCUCCGAGGUCCAGUUCGUAGAGGGGUCGGGGGGCGUGUCCUCUGCAGUGGGACAGUUUGUCUCCGCUGACGGUCCAGUGAAGGCGCCGCUGCUUGGUUCUGGCUUUCAUACGAGUGUUGGUAAAGAAUCCAGAGCGCAGACCCUGCAGGCUGGGAAGCGUCAGAUCCAGCAGCUGGGCAGUCAGCUGAAACUGAACCAACACUGCCUGGACACGGCCUUCAACUUCUUCAAGAUGGUGGUGAGUAAGCACCUGACUCGAGGAAGGAAGACGGAGCACGUGAUCGCCGCCUGCCUCUACCUGGUGUGUCGCACUGAGGGGACGCCACACAUGCUGCUGGACCUGAGUGACCUGCUGCAGGUAGGACCCACGGAUAGUCUGUAUACUUAUUUAUUUGUAUAUCUGUAUAUGUGUUAGAAAAAGUUUCAAAUCAGGAUCCAUGUAUUUAUUAUCCCUGCAAGACAGGAAGUAGUCAUCACACAUAGAGCAUA